GGAGUAUGUGCGUAUUGUCGCAUUUUACUCGACAAUUACGCGAACGCACGUGACAUACAAUGACAAUUUUGUGUUUGUUUACGUUGUAUUGAAUGAAAACUGUGUAUGAAAUACGUGGAAAGAAUUGUUCUAUUUUAAGUGUGAAUUAUUUUGAAGUUUGUUACCCCUUCAAGUUUUAAGUUUGGAUUUAUUCGUUAAACAUAUAUGAAGAUGUCAAAUACUUUUACGUCUGGUGAUACGGGAGAGCAGGCUGACGUAAAAGAAAGAAUAUUAGAACGUGAUGCUGGCUUCGUCUCGGGUGGCGACGAUGACGACUCGUGCUCCGGACCCGCACACUCCGACGACUCCGGCGUGCGACUCGCUGACACCGAGUCGCGACUCAAAAGAGAACGCUCCCCCGCACUCCUCCAGCCCCCUAAAAAACGAAUACGAUUAGGCUCCCGAGACGACAUCGCUAGCCCAGAAAGCGACUCAAAUCCAUUCAGACCGUGGUCUUUCGCUGAAGAACCGCAAAGAGAACCACUAUCUUUAGUUAAAAAGACCAGCGAAACCAGUUUACUAAGACAGAGAAGAAGGCCGUUGGAACCCCCACCAUCGCCUGUACCACCACCAGAAAGACCAGGACCACCUCGAGUACCCUCACAUCCUGGUGUAGUGGAGUACAAUGAUAAGGUAAAGCCAAGAGAGCAAAGAAACUAUAAGAACAUGACGAGAGAAAGGAGAAUAGAGGCCAAUGCAAGAGAGAGGACGCGAGUGCACACAAUAAGCGCUGCCUUUGACACACUCCGAAGAGCAGUUCCCGCUUACAGUCAUAACCAGAAACUCUCCAAGUUAUCAGUCCUUCGGAUAGCUUGCGCGUACAUUGCCGCGUUGUCAGCGGCAAUAGAACCGGACGCUGAUCUGUCAACGGCAGUGGAAACUGUGACACAGACGAUACACACCGAGGGCAAGCUGCGGAAAAAGAAAGACGAUCCUUGAACGGAACGAGGAGCGAUAGUUUGAUACAAUGCCGUCCUUGAAGCCUUCACUUGAAAGGGAUAAGCAGGUUUUAUAAGGAAACGCAGAGACGGAAGGAAGAGAAGGGCUAAGAGAGGUCAGGACUUCAAAAUUUAUCUAAAUUACGAUUGGAACACGCUUUAAAAGAUAACUGAAAUGAAUUAUGGACUCCUGACUUAAGAUCGUUAAAAUUAAUUACGUUCUAUCGACUGUUAGUACAAAAACGACAAUAAUAUUGGAUGUUAAAAGUAUACUAUUUAUUGGUAUUGCGUAGUCGUUUUGGAAUUUUUUAAGGAAGUAUUUAUGGGACGCAUGGAUAUGCGGACGUAAGCUUUAUGUAAGGAAUCUCUAAAAUAUGCUAAUAUUGUAACUUUGCCUGUCGGUAUGAAAUUAAUGUUCCUUAUACAAUUUAUUCGGAUCUCAGACUAUUCUCUUGUGAAUCUGUGUUGAUUUAUUGAAUCUGUGGACUGUAUGAUUAAUUUUUUCACCGAUUUAAUGAACACUAAUAACCUAAUGCGUUCCAGUAUUGUAAUUUGAAUUUAGAACACCAAACAGACUUAAAUUUAGAAACUGUUAAUUCGGUCAGUUAAUCUCUUUGGUUGUUUUUUUUAUUUUUUUUUUAGUCUGUGGUUCGAGUGACAAGAAAACGUUGUUAACCAUUCCCCUAGCCCAGUAUUACUAAGACGACAAAAAAUACUUGUAAAGUGUCUCAUUUAUAAGAAAAGAUGUAUUUGGCUUUAAUGUUUUAUAUUUAUUGAAAAACGAGUCAAUAAUUUUAAG